AGCCUGGUACUAUGGACUCCGUUCGCUCUGGAGCGUUCGGGGAGAUAUUCAGACCCGACAAUUUCGUGUUCGGACAGUCAGGGGCUGGCAACAACUGGGCCAAAGGCCACUACACCGAGGGAGCCGAAUUAGUCGACUCUGUUCUCGACGUGGUCAGAAAGGAAGCCGAGAGUUGCGACUGUCUGCAAGGAUUCCAGCUAACCCACUCCCUGGGCGGUGGCACAGGAUCAGGCAUGGGCACCUUGCUCAUUUCCAAGAUCCGCGAGGAGUACCCUGACAGGAUUAUGGCUACCUUCUCCGUAGUCCCAUCCCCUAAAGUCUCCGACACGGUCGUGGAACCCUACAACGCCACCCUGUCGGUUCACCAGUUGGUUGAGAAUACCGAUCAAGCUUACUGCAUCGAUAACGAGGCCCUCUACGACAUCUGCUUCCGAACUCUGAAGCUUUCCACUCCGACGUACGGAGACCUUAACCACCUAGUGUCGGCCACCAUGUCUGGAGUUACCACGUGUUUGAGAUUCCCUGGUCAGCUAAACGCUGACCUGAGGAAACUAGCAGUGAACAUGGUUCCCUUUCCGCGUCUACACUUCUUCAUGCCUGGGUUCGCACCCCUAACGUCGCGGGGAAGCCAGCAAUACAGAGCGUUGACGGUGCCCGAGCUCACCCAGCAGAUGUUCGACGCGAAGAACAUGAUGGCUGCCUGCGAUCCGAGACACGGCAGGUAUCUGACCGUGGCUGCCGUUUUCCGUGGAAGGAUGUCGAUGAAGGAGGUGGACGAGCAGAUGCUGAACAUCCAAAACAAGAACAGCUCGUACUUCGUCGAAUGGAUCCCCAACAACGUGAAGACUGCCGUUUGCGACAUCCCACCUCGUGGUCUGAAAAUGUCUGCCACCUUCAUUGGAAACUCCACCGCUAUUCAGGAGCUGUUCAAGAGGAUCUCCGAGCAGUUCACCGCCAUGUUCAGAAGGAAGGCGUUCCUUCAUUGGUACACUGGCGAGGGAAUGGACGAGAUGGAGUUCUCGGAAGCGGAAUCGAACAUGAACGACCUGGUGUCGGAGUACCAACAGUACCAGGAGGCCACCGCGGAGGACGAGGGAGAGUUCGACGAGGAGGAAGAGGCGGAGGAGAAGUAAAACGAUUUCUCGACUUCUUCUCCUCGCUGUUCUCGCGGGACGGGGGGCCCUCGAUUGGCGACGAGGACAGCAAAUUUCUCGUGCAGGCUCGACGAGAACCGAAUCUUCCGAACGCACUAUACCGAAUUCUUCAAAAUGGGUUGUGGCUUUGUAUAACGUAUGUAGCGGACCCGUUCGCGCCGAUUUUUCUCAACGACACCUUUUUACGACCGAUUUUUGAUCGAUUUUUAUGCUUUGAUCGACUUUACAUAUAUAAUAUACGUGUAUACAUAUGUUGUAAGUGAUUUUAGAGAAAAUGUAUUACCUUUGUUGAACAUUUAAUAGACAUACUCUUUAUGGUA